AUGAAGAAUCUUGACAAGAGAAUGGUUCAGUGUUAUUGUUGUAAUAGGUUUGGCCACUUUGCUAAGGACUUCGAGUCUGAUUCUGAAUAUGAGUCAGAAUUUGAAGGUUCUGAAGAAGAUUCAGAAUCUGAGGGUUUUGAAGAUGAGUCAGAGUCAGAAGAUGACUCUGAAGCUGAAGAUGAGUCAGAGUUUGAAGGUGACUCUAAAGAUGAAGAAGACUCUAAAGGCGAAUCUGGUUCUGAAGGUGAAUAUGAUUCUGAUCCAUAUUCUAAUGAUGAUCCAAAAUAUGGAGGUAAUCCAAUAUCUAGAGAUGGAGCUUCUAAAGGUGGAGCUUCUAAAGGUGGAGCUUCUAAAGGAAGAGCUUCUAAAGGUGGAGCCUCUAAAGGUGGUCCAACUUCUGAGGGUGGUAAAGCAUCUAAUACUAUUCCAAAAUCAAAAGGAGAUUUUGAACAAGUUUAG